UAUGAUGAUUAGACUUCAUGAUAACACACGAUCGAGACAAACGGUUUUCUGUUUCGAGUUAUUGUUAGGUCAACUAAGAAAAAUUUUCGGCUCAUUCGGGUCCAGUUUUGAAAAUUUCGGGUCGGGUCCAAAAGCCUUCGGAUCGGGUCGGGUUCGGGUUAAUAUAAAAAAUAUUGAAUCGGGUCGGGUCGGGUUCGGGUCAUCCACGUAAGACCCGAUUCGGUCUCUGAUUUCUAUGUCAGCUUUCAGAGAAACGAACUGGUUUUCCAUAGAUCUCCUGAAGAACCGAUCUUUUAAAUUUUUCCAAACUCAUUUUUGCUUAUGAAAACAUAGUCUAAGAUCUUGGCUAGCGAAUAAUGAAUACCGCAAGUCUUGAUCAUUUAUUCCUGCUGAGUUAUUUAAAAAAUAAUCACCGGCCUUGUAUUUUAGAGCCGAUAAUAGUGCAACAAACAUUAAAAAAGAAAGAAAAACAUGAAGAAAGAAAAUAUUCACAUAGUAGAGAUUACCAGUCCUGCUCUCGAAGACUGUUGACAAAAAAGAGAAAACCAGACUAACUUUCCUUAAUCUGAAAUAUGAAAAGCCUUGUUUUACUUAGCUUAGCAAAGUUGUUUUAAACAGAUUACUGAUUCUUCAGGCAAAAAAACAUUUUUUUUCUCGACUGGCCGGUCAGAAAUUCCUCCCUGGACCGGGCCGGGCUGGACCUGCCGGUACCGGUUACAUCUCUGGCUUGCAGUGUAGUGAUGCAGUAGAAAAAAAAUGAAAAUAUGAAGUAGAAAACAAAGUUUAAGAUUUUCUUACAAAUGUCCAAGUUUGUCAAUGAAGAUUCUGAUUAUUGCGCAUUAUACAUUUCAAUAUUCUUGAAAUAUCUUGACAAGAUCUGCUCAAGGUUUAUCGAGACAGAUCCUGAUACAAAACUUGUGGAAAAUCUGCAGCACUGAUUUCCAACAGAAUCUAAAGUAGCACGAAUGUACGGACUUACAACUUCCACAUUGUAUUCGCACGUGUAAUGCGGCAUAAAUAUCAUCUAGUUUCUAUUUGUAAGAUAUGUGACUUCUUUCUACCGGCCUUAAUAAGAGAUGUACUCCUUUGCGAAGCAAUUUCAGCUCUAGGAUCGAAUAUUUUACAGUAGAGAAUCAAUAAUUUACGAUUAGGGAUGUUCGAUUCUCUGUUCUGAAAUCGAAACCGCGGUUUCGGUUCUUCAUACGGUAUGAAAACGAAUAGAAUCGCAACUCAGGUUCCGAAAUAAAGACAGAACUGCGAUCGUCGAUUCUCAGCUUAGAAUAUGAAAAUCAUUUUUCAGGCAGUGACAGUUCAACAAAAUAGAAUUCAUUUUAUAGUAAAAGAAAGGAUUCUUUUAAAUGAUGACAGGCGAAUAUAUCUUUCUGUAACUUUGUCAAUAGGGUGUUUUUAGUUUUUUAAAGAAAGGCAAGUCAAAUAGUCUCGGUUCUGAAAAUAAGGAACCGUCUAAGAAGCUGCGGCUCCGGUUCCAUUGUCAGAAUCGACACCGCGGUUCCAGUUUUUAAUGAAGAACUGGAAAUAAGAGAACCGCCUUUCUGGUUUCUCAUGCGGAACCAAACGGCGAUUCCGGUUCUUCACGAGAACCGAGCGUCCCUACUUACGAUCAUGAGCCUUUCUUAGACAAAAUACUUUGACGAGUCUUUGAUUUUUAUAUUUUUUUGAGUGUGAUUUGGCCAUUGGUCAUACAAAGAAUAGAAAUGUGAGAUUGAUCAGGACGACCAUUUUGUUUUUUCAAAGAAGCUCGGCCUGAUCAGCCGUUGUUGAUCUUAUUCUUAUAAGGUGUUAGCAAACAAAAAUUUAUUUUUUCUUACAAGAUUCCAUAAGAUUUUUUAUCAUUUUUAGUUUGUCCGUUCCUCAAGUGAAUGGUCAGCUGGCAUUAAACAAACUGAACAUUCGAUUCAAAAUGCUUAUGUGGAGUUAAUUGAUGCAUCCAAGCAUUUUAUUUAUAUCGAAAAUCAAUUUUUUGUCACGAUUGCCGAUGAUUCAACAGUAGUAAAUGAUAUUGGAGGAGCACUUUAUCGACGAAUACUUCGAGCUCAUAAACAGAAUGAAAAGUUCCGUGUUUAUGUUGUGAUCCCCUUAGUUCCCGGCUUCAGUACUCGUGGAUCUGUGCGUGCCGUUCUUUACUAUACACAACGAUCAAUAGCAAAAGGAGAUAAUUCGUUGUAUAAACGACUAGAAAGACGAGGUGAAAUUUCGAAUUAA